GGAGGAUCGAUUACGGCCUUGCAAGGGGUUAACUAUCGUUGUCGGAACCGUCUACCUUCAAUUUUUUUCUCUUUUGACUUCCUGGUUUUUGAUUGUCUCCUCAUAGUUUUUUGAUUUGAUAAAUCACCCAAUUUUCGUCGUCGUCGUUGUCGGGCUCCUUACGUCCAUCGGGAUUAUUGUCACCUUGGCGCCUGGGAAAUCUCCAGCUCAUCCACUUUUUUGAAUCGUCAAAAGUUGGACAUGGCUGUUGCUGUGGACGAGACAACGGCUGAUUUGAAACCGCUUUCUCCGCCAUCAGACGCUCAGAUAGUCCCUGGGUCACAGGCACCCCCUGCAGCCGAUCUAGACGCAAAGACCAAUGGAAAUACCACGGAUGCUUCUGCCAUACCCAAAGUAAACGUCAAUGGCGAGCCCGUCAGCAGUCCCCGUCCGUCAGCAAGUUUUGGCCGUGUAGAUGCAGAGGAUGCGAGAUGGGGCUCCAAUUUUUGGGUGACUUUAGUAGAUCCGCAGACUAGCACUGUAUUCUUCGCGUGCCCUGCCACUGGACAAGUGAGCUGGGAUCCACCAGCUGGUACGUUUGUUUUGCCUCCGAGUACGGAGGGAGAGUGGUGGGAGCUCAGCGAUGACUCCCGUGGUGGAAUCCCAUACUAUUACCAAACCAAGACAGGGGAGACAGUCUGGGAACGUCCAGAUAGUUUUGUCAUUCCCCUGACUGUCAUUCAAGUGAUACAUUCACGAAUCUACUAUAGCGCCAGGUCGGCCUCCCUGUCGAACUCGGACUCGAUCACAGGCAAGCACAAAAGAUGCGCGCCCUGUGUCACUCCGUUCCAACGUAGAGCCCCCGUUGCCCCGACACUCAUUAUCAUCCACGCGGACUCCCAUCAUGGAUGGUCAAAUGGACACCAUCUACCCCCUAUACCCGCAUCCCCGUACACAACGGAACCUUCUACACCAUCCUCACGAAAAUCAUUAUCAACGCCACCUGCCAAGGUCGCAGCGAGCGGAAGUACACGAUCGAGUCGCCACAAAGAGAAAGACAGACGUCCAGUCUCAGAUAUCGAUGACACCUCACCAUCGCGAUCGCGGGCAAAAUCAUCCUCUUAUGUACCACAUCGAUCUCCCAUCCCACAAAGUCUCAACGCUGCUGUGGAGAUGCUGUCGUUGUCUGAGCGACGGGCUGCUUCUGACACUGAGGCAACCAAGAACAUGAGCGCCGUCAAGAACCCCACAGGAGGAAAACCAAUUCCAAUCGCUAGGCAACCUACUCACUCUGCCCCUACUACUACUUUAGCAUCCGGCACAUAUCCCGUCCUUCCUCAUGACCUCGCAUCAGACAUCCAACAAUUCGUCGAAUCAGACUACGCAAGACAAUAUUUCUCUACACAUCGUACAGGCUUCAUCUUCAGGCGCAAGGUUCCCGUUGCACAAAUGAUGACAUGGCAGAAGGCGCCCCUCAGCUCGCCACUUCUCACAUUGAAUCGCUCGCUGAAGAACGAUGCAGUCCGGAUUUUCAAAGUCAUCCAACACAUCAUGGGCGACCGCGAGCGUGAGAAAUCGGCCGGUAUACCCGUUCAUAAUGGCUCUGUGCAUUCCCUUACAGGAAGCACCGUCGGUCUACUGGAGGAAGAGCGAUGGUUACUUGGAGAAGGUUUGGCGCAUGGCGAGCUGAGAGAUGAGAUAUAUUGUCAGUUGAUGAAGCAGCUCAAUGGGAAUCCCAAUACAGAAAGCGUCUUCAAAGGCUGGCAGAUGCUCUGCGUACUCCUCACUGCUUUCCCACCCUCGAAGAACUUCGAAACCUACCUGCGUUCCUUUAUGCAACAGCGGACGACUCAGCAAGAGGGCAGGGUUGACGUGAUAGCCAAGCACUGUCUCCGCCGUCUAGUUGCGAUCUCGAAGAAAGGACCACGUGGAAAGCCUCCGACGAUGGCAGAGAUCGAGACCGCGUCAGAUGCCGCCUUCAAUCCAUCCACAUUCGGAGAAUCGCUGGACGCGACGAUGCGCCUGCAGGAGCGCAACUACCCACACGAGAAGAUCCCUAUUAUUCUCCCAUUCCUCGCAGAUGGGAUCCUUGCUCUUGGGGGCAUGAAAGCGGAGGGCAUUUUCCGCGUCGCUGGGGAUAGCGACUCCGUGUCGGAACUGAAGUUGCGCAUUGAUAGGGGCUACUACACGCUUGACAGCGUUGAUGAUCCGCAUGUCCUAGCUUCGUUGCUCAAACUCUGGUUGCGUGAGUUAUCCGAUCCACUGGUACCUGAAGAGAUGUACAACGACUGCAUCACGCAUUCUCGCGAGCCUGAAAUGUGCAUACAGCUCGUUAGGCGUCUGCCCACGAUAAACAGACGAGUCGUUAUUUUCCUGAUCAGCUUCUUGCAGUUCUUUUUGGAGGAGAAGGUGCAGACGGCAACGAAAAUGACGUCGGCGAAUCUGGCGUUGGUGAUGGCGCCAAACUUGCUGAGGUGUAAUUCAGAAUCUAUGACUGUUGUGUUCACAAAUGCUCAGUAUGAACAAGUGUUUGUUUAUAAUCUUUUGAUGCAUCUCAAGUGCGAUCAAAUUGACGCGGAUUAUGUUCCCGUCCAUGGCCUUGGUGCCAGCCUACCAUCACCCCCACAACCUCGCGUUUCUAAAUCUCGCAACAGAAAGUGA